AUGCCACCCUCAACUUCUCCUCCCAGAAUGAAACCAUGCCCAUCCAGAACCCAAGACAAGAGCCAAUGCAUGCACGCCGAAACGACCUCUUACCAAACCCAACUUCUUCUUCCUCUCAUUAUCCAGCACCGCUGCGAUCCGACUCUGGCAGACGAAGAAGAGUAG